AUGUCCGCAAUCAUAGAAAACGCAGUAAAACUGCACGCUCCACCAUCGACCUUACAAUGGGUAGACAUUGAAAACCAACAUGGGCCAAGAGGCUCUGUGGUAGACCACAUGUGGAUCCCCAAACAUCUGAGAGACAAAAAAUACAAACUCCUACCCUUAACCCAAUACGCUAUCCAAGUGUGGGACUCCCUCUGCCACUCACAACAGACUGAUAAACAGUUCUCACAGUGGGCACCUAUAACUGCGCUUCACUCAAUCUCUCCAUGGCUAUCCUUAAACGGAUGGAGGGAGCGAGGAGCUGAACGCAUCAAGGACAUAUGUUACCAAGGGAAGGUAAUACCCUUCCCGGAAUUACAAAGUACAUUCAAAAUACCCCCCCCCCCCUAUAUCUUUCCAUACCUUCAAUUAAAAAUCAUAAUCAAGGACAAGGUAGAACAACCCAUAAGUACUUCACACACCACUGAUGUGGAAACAAUUACGCUUUACAAAAACGAGACCUUGUCUUUGGGCUAUACGGUGCUGGGAAACCAGACUACCACGCCAGAAUUCUCUUACAGGGCCCAGUGGGAAAGAGAAUGGCUUUUUCAGAUAAACAGUGGCUAG